AGGCGCGGUCGGAGUCCUCGAAGAAGGAAACUAAUGAAAAAGAAAUCCUAAAAAAGGUUAAAAACAGAAAGUAUUGCAAGCCUUAAAACUCAAAAACUGAGUUAUAUAGGCUACUUCUGGUUGGGUAUUUUCUGCGUUUCCGGUGCAAUAAGUCAAUCCAGUAAUAAUAACCUUCCUCAGGGAAAGGGGACACCCGAGGGCAUUAGUCACCCGGCUUAGCCCCUGCUAUUGUCGGAGCUUCAUCCUCUUAUCAACCAAGCAAUAAUUCCCAACGGAAGAGGGGGCAGAGAUAGAGAAAGAGAGGCAUGGUAGAUCUCUUCAUAUGGCUUUUUUCUUUCUUCAUCCUCGUUGCCCUCCUCAUUAUCCUCGUUUAUCAGCUCAUAUGCUUGGCUGAUUUAGAGUUUGAUUACAUCAAUCCUUAUGAUUCUUCAUCACGGAUAAACAAAGUGGUGUUGCCGGAAUUUAUCCUGGAAGGAUUUUUAUGUUUUUUCUAUCUACUAACAGGGCAUUGGGUUAUGUCACUGUUAUGUGCUCCAUACUUGUACUACAAUGUCAGACUUUACACUCGGAAACAGCACCUGGUAGAUGUUACAGAGAUAUUUAACUUGCUUCAUUGGGAGAAGAAGAAACGCCUUUUUAAACUCACCUAUGUCGUCAUUCUCCUCUUUUUCGCUGUAUUCUGGAUGAUCUACUCUGCAUUAGAGGAUGAUUAAUGGAAGAUAUAAUGGAAGUGUUUGUGGAUUUAAAUUGCUGCCCUGCAUUGGUAUUCGGCUCUUCAUACUCUUUUUUUCUUUUUUUUUUUUUUUUUGGGGGGUUUACAUGUUAUUUAUUUAAGCCUUGUUUUUGUUGUAACUGAUAUAUAGCAUCAAUUUCAAAGUUGUAUAAUUGUGAGAAUUUCUAGUUGAUUUUAGUGUUAUAUUAUUUUAUCUGCAAUUCAGUUUGCUAGAA